AUGUUCGUAAAAAGUGCAUCAAAUUAUGCUUGGUCUACCCAGGUCAUCGCCGCUAUGGCAGCGACGAUAAAUUCGAUUUCGGAUGGGAUCCACUUCAGCUGGGCCUCACCUGUCAUCCCAAUAUUGUCUUCCAGUGAUUCCCCGAUUCCUAUAACGGAAACGGACGAGCAAUGGCUGGAAUUACUUUAUAUGAUCGGAGGAAUUGCCGGAUUACCUCUGACGAUGUUCGCAGUGGAUAGAUUCGGUAGGAAACGCUCCAUCCUACUCGCUUCCAUCAACAAUUUGCUCUCUUGGAUAAUGAUUGCUUUCGCAACCAACGUAACCACACUGCAUGUGGCCAGAUUUCUCGCUGGUUUAGGAGCCGACGUAGCUUUCGUCGCCAGUCCCAUGUACAUAGCCGAGAUCGCCGAUCAAAAGAUCAGAGGAUUCCUCGUGGCCUCGAUCAAUGUCAUGUUGCUAAUAGGAAUAGUCAUCUGUUACUCGGUGGCACCGUUCGUCUCGAUACAGGUUUCCUCGAUGGUCGGAGCCGCAUUCAUCGUGGCGCAAUUAAUAACUUUGCCAUUCAUGCCGGAAACUCCGUACUACAACUUGUUGAAAGGAAGGGAGGAUGAGGCGGAUGAUUCGCUGCGGUGGUUGCGGAGGAGCGUAGAUGUUAAAGAAGAGAUGGAGCAGAUCAAAGCGGCCGUAGCGAGACAAUCGGCGGAGAGGGGAAAGUUCAAGGACAUCUUCAUCGUCCCCAGCAAUCGCAAAGCGCUAAUCAUAUUGACCGUUCUUAACGUGGCACAGCAUCUCAGCAGUAUAAGCGUCCUGCUGAUGAAUCUUCACACCAUCUUUGAGGAUGCUGAAGGAAUCAUCGAUAAGAACUCUUCAGCUAUAAUCUUCGCUAUCAUCAUGCUUUUAUCCAUGGUGAUAUCCGCUUGCGUUAUGGAUAAAUGCGGAAGAAAACUUCUGUUAAUCACCUCUAGUCUCACAUCUUCAGUAGCUUUGGGCUCUCUCGCUGUUUAUUUAACCUACAAACAUUUAGGUUACGACGUUCUUCCAUACAAUUGGGUUCCUGUUGCCGCAGUUUUCACUUACGCAGCUGCCUUCAGGAUGGGUUUAGGCUCAGUACCCAUCGUCCUCACCGGCGAACUCUUCCCCACGAGCGUCAAAGGAAAAGGCAUGACCCUUUCGGACUUCACCUACGUCUUCUUCGGAGCCAUAACCAUCUACCUUUUCCAGGUGAUGGAGAAGGGCGUGGGCAUGCACGUCGCCUUUUACAUCUUCAGUAUUUCCUGCUCGUUAACCGCCCUAUUCACCGCUCUUUUCAUUCCGGAAACCAAAGGGAAAACGUUAGAGCAAAUCCAGUUAAUUCUCAAAGGAGAGCACGACACUAGAACCGACUGUAUGCAAAUCGUAUCACGCAACUGA